UAUAUAAUGGUCUUUUUUUUCUGUUUCAGGAUGUUGGCUGCUAGGGCAUUCAGCCUUAUUGGCAGGCGGGUUUUAUCCACUUCUGUCUGUGCAAAAGCUCACGGACAUGAAGUUACAAAAGCGCCACAAUAUACUCAGCCCGUCUACGAGGAUUACCCUCUGAUUCCUUUGCCGGAUAUUCCCUUUAUACAAGACCUGACCCCCGAGCAGAAAGCUCUGAAAGAGAAAGAGAAGGGGUCCUGGACCUCCCUCACCCCAGAAGAGAAGAUUGCUCUCUACCACAUCAAAUUUGACAAGACCUUUCCUGAAAUGCUGAAGCCGUCGAAUGAAUGGAAGACCGCGAUCGGAUUAGCUGGCUACAUGGUUGGCCUCGCGGCUCUCUUUUUCAUUUGGGAGGUUCUGUAUGUUCUGAAACCGGUCCCCCACACUUUAUCGGAGGAUUGGAAAGCCAUGGAGCUCCGGAAGCAUCUGGAUAUGAAACCGGACCCAAUUACCGGCCUUUGCUCCAAGUGGGAUUACGAGAAGAACGAAUGGAAAAAAUAAAAACCUUCAGGAGCCCCUCGGAUUUCUCUCGGGAUGUGAAAGUCUGAAACCAUUUCUUCAUCUCUAGGUUGUGGCCCGGCUUCGGCCUAGGAUGAAAUAGAAUCCUAUUCUUGUUUAAACCAUAAGCGCUUGAUGUACCCGGAAUUGUUGAACUGUUCCUAAAGGUUAAUGUGCAAAAUUGCUCCUAAACUAAAUCUUAUUCGCAAAAUUUUUUUUUUGCAGGAAGAUUAAAAAUUACACUUAAAAAAAAAAAAAGAA